UUAUUAUUAUUGUAGACUCUUGAUUGUCGAAUGCGCCGACUCUGAGCACCGAGCGGACAGUACUUCAAGUGGUAAACAGUGAACCGUACUAACGACGUAGUGCCGUAGUAUUUACUAUUUCUAGACGUCAGUAUUCCAUAGUCGUUAGUGGUCUGCUGACUGCUGCAGUCGUAGUGGGUAGUCGCGUGUAGUUCGUAGGUGCCUUCGUAGUAGGUAGCCAUUAUAAUAUACCUACCCGAUUGUCUAUAGUCCUCUGUGGGUAUUUACACAUUUUUUUUUACAACGUUUAAAAAAUAAUCCUAAGAAUUAAUAGAGAGGUCUGCACUCGGCAGUAAUCGUCUGUGACCAUCGGAGGACGACUGGCGGACGUGAGGUUGUGACCGACGAAAGAUGUGCCGGCGUUUCAUUUUUAUUUAGAUAUAAUACCUACCUAGGUAUUACCGGAUAAUUUUUUAAUAAUAUUUCGAAUAUUCUCAUCGGAUCCUCACACCGCUGCACGAUGACCAGUUUGUCGUAACACCUACUACCCUCCCGGUUGACCAUAUCCGUUUGUUGACGUUGUCAUUGCACCCAGUGACGUGAACUGAACAUUUUCCAGAGGUGUUUUGGGUUCAUCAGCGGCAGGUACAAUGUCAAAAGUCAUCGAUCUGUACGAGUUCCUGCUGGAAGCAGAACUUCAUCAGUACUAUUCAGAAAUCAAGAAUGACUUGAAGGUAACGACUGUGCCUCAAGUAAAGUUUGUCAACGAGUAUGAUCUGUACCAGAUAGGCAUGACAAAGCCAGAGAUAAGACGCUUAAAAAAGUAUUUCCAAAAGUAUUAUCCACAAAAUUAUUUCACAAAGUUUAAAAAAUUGAUUUCUUCAAAAGACAAUAAAGAGCAGUGGAGCGAUAGUUCUGGUUCACAAGAUACACUGAAGCCUAUUUAUGAAAAACGACCACCAGCUCGUGUUCCCAACAAACAUAUUAUUCCAGCCGAUUCCAUAACUAUUAACAAAGAAUUAGGUGUAGGCGAGUUUGGUGUAGUCCAGCAAGGUGUUUGGACCAAUGAAGGAGACAGGAUUCAAGUUGCCAUAAAAUGUUUGAGCCGAGAACGUAUGCAAAAUAAUCCCAUAGAGUUUUUGAAGGAAGCAGCUAUUAUGCAUAGUAUUGACAAUGAACAUAUUGUACGAUUGUACGGAGUAGUUUUGGACACUGAUGCCCUAAUGCUAGUAACAGAGUUAGCACCUUUGAGAUCUCUUUUGGAGUGUUUAAAAGAACCAUCACUCCGUGCAAGUUUUCCAGUUAUGUCGUUAUGUGAUUUUGCCAUCCAAAUAUGUAAUGGAAUGCAUUAUUUGGAAAACAAAAGAUUUAUACACAGAGAUUUAGCUGCUAGAAACAUAUUAGUGUUUACAAAGAACAAGGUGAAGAUUUCAGAUUUUGGAUUAUCACGGGCACUCGGUGUCGGUAAAGACUACUAUCAAACCAAUUUCAAUGUAAAUCUGAAAUUGCCAAUUGCUUGGUGUGCACCUGAGUGUAUAAGUUAUUUACGUUUUACUUCAUCUUCUGAUGUAUGGGCAUAUGGUGUCACUUUAUGGGAAAUGUUCAGUUAUGGGUUUCAGCCUUGGGCAGCGCUCACAGGACAACAAAUACUUGAGGCUAUUGAUGAACCUAAUUUUCAGAGAUUAGAGCAGCCUGAUUGCUGUCCAAAAGAAUAUUUCAAUGUCAUGACUAAAUGUUGGCAACAUGAAAAUACUAAAAGACCUAAAUUUGCUGAUUUAGUAUCAAUUUUACUUGAUUGUAAACCAGAGCAAGUGCAAACUGUUGUAAACUUUGAAGACAAAAAAAGAGACAUGCUCCAAUAUACUAUUGGGGAAGUUAUAACAGUACUCGAUAAAUCACCUGGUGUUCCCACCUUAUGGAAAGGAGUAUUGUGCAAUGGAAAAACUGGUUUUUUCAAUCCUUCCAAUACUGUGGCGUAUUUGGGUUUAAAUUUACCAUCCAACAGAAAUUCUGAAUUCACUAGAAAUGACUCAAAGUAUGCAUCUCGACGUAGUCGUCUAAGGAUUGAUAUGAUAUCUUGUCCUCAAGGCGAUGUUAAACAUAUGGGGCAUGUAGGAUUAGAUGGUGCAUAUUUUGGAGAUAUUGAAUUCAUGAGUACAAAUGCACCAAAAUAUAAUCAUUUACCACAUCAAGUUGUAGCUCCAUACAAACCACAAGAAGACUGUGCUAGUGUUAGUGAUUCACCAACUUCUAUUAAGGCUUGUUCGGAUCGCGCGCCGUUACUUAAUGGUGAUAAAUCAGAAAGCAAAAAAAAUGUAGAUUUAACAACCUGGUUAGAUAAAAACAAGUUGUCAAAAAUUUUGACUGACCACGAAUACCAUGAAAUUAGUGAUGAAGAUGCUGUUGCUGAAAGUCCUAGGUUUGAAAAAACUUUUGACUUUGGACCUAGUCUUGUUGAAGAAAUGGAAACUAUGUUUAGAACUAUAAGUACUAAUGGAGUCAGUAACUAUGCCGUGUCUCCACCAAGGUCUCCGCUUGAUCCAUUGGAUACAAAUCACAGAAAUGAAUUACGAGAAAUUGCUGCUACUAUUGCUGCUGCUGUGAAUUCAAAGACAAAAAAGAAACAAGCUACGGUCAAACCGAUAUCUGCUUCUGACGAAAAGAGUCUCGAUUCUGCUAUUGCUAUGGCCAAUGAGAUGGCCAGUCGUUCAAUGGGAUCUGAUAUAGAACAACCACAUCACCAGGUACCCGAAUCUCCAUCGUCGCCUAGUAAACGGAAAUUUAUGUUCAAGUUUCCCCCUCCAAUUGGAUCUCUCACGAAAACCCCAAAACACGAAACAAAGACUUUCACUGACGAAGCUGCUUCCAUUCCGGACAUUCAGUCUUGCAGUAGUUUGCAUUCAUUUUCGUCAUUUAUCAGCGCCGAGUCGUUGUUGGACACUGCACCGUUUCGUCUGCCCCUGUGGGAUAAGGCGUCCACAGAAUUCUAUUUUGCACGCUCCAGAGAGCUAUUGACCAAGGCCUCUCCCAGUAUAGGUUCACUUGACUACAUUUCUUGUAACUCAUUGAAGACUAUUGAGCGGUCCAAUGUUGAUUCUACCGAAACGCUAGUUGGUGAACAGUAUUCGUGCCCCAGUUCACCUAAACUAAGGAAUAAAAUAAAAAACGUCGACACGUUUCGAGCAAAUACGCUCCCCAAUAGCAAAAAAUGUGACAAACUAAGACGGAGUUUGUCGGAUUCCGAGAGUAGCAUAUUGUACAAUUCCAACGAUGUUCUAAAUAAAGUUCCUAUAAAUAUCUGUUUGAUCGAUGACGAGACUGCUGAACUCUAAGUAGUAGUAUUUGUAAUUGCUUAUGAUAUUUUGUAGUAGGUAGUAGUUGAUGUAUAUAGUUGCUGUGCUACCUUGCAGGUAGUUAAACUUGAGUGAUGUUAUCUUGAGAUUAUUGUUUUAUAUUUUUGUUGCAAAAAUUAAUGACGUAUGACUUUCUGUUAAAAAAUUCCUCGUAUUAUUUUAAUUAAAUUUUCUUUAAUCGAAUAAUAUUUUAUAUUUUAUUGAAACUUACGAAGUACAUACAUAUUUUUUAUAACUUAAAACAACGAUUUUUCGAUUUUCCUCGUGUACCUUUUUUGAUUGGUAUUUAAAAAAAUAAAUAAAUAUGCAUAAUAUGUUUAACACAGUGUGUUCGCUGUAUACGGUUUAUUAAUAUUCAGCCAGCUGUAAAUCAUAAUAAUAUAUAUUUAUGAUAUGCAUCGCCGGACUUGUCGAUAAUGGUUAUAGUUAUUUCUUUGCCUUAGCAUUCGCCGCUGCGCCUUUUUCUGUGAAAUAACUCUGAAAUUGUUAACUAAAUACACAUGUGGGUUUGAACACUUUGUUUAUUUGAUAAUAUUUAAAUUAAUAUGAUGCUUGUUGCACAUUGUACACAGAUGGUGCACUAAUAAAGUUUUGUAUUUUACCAGAAAUGUUGUACCUACUUGUAAAGUGAAACUUAAAUUGCAUGCUAAUAUACUCCUUUCGUGGUUUUUUAUGUAUACAAAUAUCUUUGGGGUUUUAGAAAUAAAGUUUCUAGCUGGUUAUUUUUGUUUAUACAGGUCAUAAAUAAUAUUGGGUCUUAUAUAUUAUACGUUAUAAUCGAAAUUAAUUCGUUUUUUAGUUUAUACUUUUAAGUCUUUUUACAUUAAGGAAAAAUUAAAGUAAACGGGUAAUUGCUUGUAGAAUGAUUGUUAAAUGUUAAAAAUUAACCAACAUGGAAAUGAAAAACAAAUUCACAGAAUUUAAUAGUUUCAUAUUAAAUAAGUUUGUUUCAGAUGUAUUAAACACACAUAAUACGCCGUAAGGCGUAAGCACUACUAAUUUUAAUUUUAUAUAAUUUAUUUAUUGGUUUGAUAAAAUAUAUAAUUAAAAAAUAAUACAUAUUUAAAAAAUGUAUUUACAAAAAUGUCCUGUUCCAAUAAUUUGUGAAAGCUAUAUAAUAAAAUAAGGUAAUAUAAUAUUGUUUUCGUUUUAUGGAUAUACGAAAAAUAACUGCCCAAAUGUGUGCACAUGCCUUAUAUUAUACAUUAUGCGUCAUGCACAUUCGUAUGUCAAAUAAGACUAGCACUAUAAAUGGUUAAAAUAAAAUAUAUUCUUAACAAUCGUAACUCUUGAGCUUAUAGUAGCACAAAUCUCAAC